CCUGCUGCCCAGAGCCCCAUGAAGCUGAUAGCCCUGCAGCUGCUGCUCUGGCACAGUGCACUCUGGACGGUGCAAGAGGCCACCCCGCUGGCCCCUGCUGGCUCCCUGCCCCCGGGCUUCCUGCUUAAGUGCUUAGAACAAGUGAGAAAGAUCCAGGCUGAUGGCGCUGCGCUGCAGGAGAGGCUGUGCACCACCCACAAGCUGUGCCACCCUGAGGAGCUGGUGCUGCUCGGACACUCUCUGGGCAUCCCCCAGGCUCCCCUGAGCAGCUGCUCCAGCCAGGCCCUGCAGCUGACGGGCUGCCUGAGCCAAUUCCACAGUGGCCUCGUCCUCUACCAGGGCCUCCUGCGGGCCCUGGCAGGGAUCUCCCCGGAGUCAGCCCCCACCUUGGACACGCUGCAGCUGGAUGUCGCUGACUUUGCCACCUACAUCUGGCAGCAGAUGGAAGACCUGGGGUUGGCCCCUGCUGUGCAGCCCACCCAGGGCACCCUGCCCACCUUCACCUCUGCCUUCCAGCGCCGGGCAGGAGGUGUCCUGGUGGCCUCCAACCUGCAGAGCUUCCUGGAGCCGGCAUACCGUGUUCUGCGUCACCUUGCCAAGCCCUGAGCAAAACCUUCCCCAUCCACUGUAUUUAUCUCUAUUUAAUAUUUAUACUUAUUUAAAUCAAAUAUUUAAAGCCAGGGAAGAGUGGAAAGGAAUCCCAGACUUCUGGGUCCUUUCCUCUACCUCUCAGUUUCAUUCUCCUGCCUGUAGCAGGGAGAGAGCUCCUGCCUUCCUGUCCCCUGGACCGGGAGGUAGAUAGGUAAAUACCAAGUAUUAAUUCUUGUGGUGGUCACAGAGAAGAGCCGUAGUGACCCCCUCCCCCAAGGGUACCCACCUUGGGGCCCUUGGAGGCAUCAGGAAGUCUCCCGCGUGGGAGACGAGACAGCCCUGUUUAAUAUUUAAACAGCCGUGUUCCCCACCUGGGCCCUCGGCACCUUGCUCUGGCCUCGGGCCGGCCUGCGCACACCCGUAGGCCAGGCCUUGCUUCUCCUCAUGCCCCUUCCCCACAGGCAUUAAGCCCAGCAGAGGCAGCCGGAGCUGGGACACUUGACCCUGGGGUCCCAUGAGUUUGCUGGGAAAUCUAAUUUUCCUUUUUAUAAGAAUUUAAAUUUUCCUUUUUAAGACUAUUUUCAGGCGUGUGUUGACUCCCCGCAUGGGGAGUGCAGGCAUUACUCAUUUUUCUGGAUGGUCUCUAGAGACUCCGACAGGCUGCUGACGCCAGCCCAUCCCCACCAGGGUCAGUAUUCUGGCUCCUCUUAGGGGUGGGCAGAUAGUCAGGUAUCAGCCUUGCUAGGUAGGAAUGGGGACUGGGUCUGGGGGAGGGCAAAGGUGAGGGGAAUUAUGUGAAGGGUUGUGUGGGAGGGAAACUCAGCUGUUCGCCCUCCCGCUCUGCCCCUACUUACUCACUGUAGCCAAACUUCACAACAAUAAAAUGUUUGCCUCCAGUAAACGUCUCUUCCUCC